GGGGAAAACACCUCAUGGCAUCUACUGGGAGCAGCCAGUCUCCACGAUGCGAGUACGCAGUGGACGUGCCAGGCCACCUGUCAGUCAGGGAGGUAUACGCAGAAAGGACAUCCCUGCAUUCUGAUGAGUCAGUGAUGCUAUUUCCCUUCGUUACGUACAGGCUGGUGAAGAGGAAGAAAGGCCGAGAAGGGAUAAGGUUGGCCAAGGAGUCAGUGCGUUGCGACAUUCGGUCUGACGACGGUAUGUUGUUUCUUCAGUACAUGUGUCUGGUAGAUGUCAAGGACCACAUUCGGCGUAUCUAUGAGGAGCCCAAGAAACGGCUCCGCAAGAGGGAGGUUUAUGUGCCCGAGGCCGACCUCGGCCUGGCUGCUGAAGAGGCCGAGGAGCAACUUCCUGUGGAGAAGGUCAGUCAUCGACAGGCCAACCGCCAUGUUUUUUUAGAGAGAGAGGAGCCCAUUUGGAUCUUGUUCUUUGCAGCUUGACCUCAAGAAGCCUCCGACCCCGCCCGCUUCGGAACGUGAGAGAGGGUGGAUGGGGGACAGGGAUGGCGACUGCAGUCAGGUUCUCUCGUCUUUCCAGGCGAGUUGGAGUUCGAUGACUUCAUGUUCGAUGAGGAUAUCGCUCUCUAUCGACAUGAAGUCGUCAUGGUACCAGCCGCCGCUGCCUCAUGGUCCCUAAUGUAUGCCCGGCUGUCACUGCAGGAAGCUGUGAGGCCGCCACCGAAGAUCGAUGACCCCAUGACGCAUCCAAUCACUGUUGAAGGUACAGCGCGGGAGGCACGAACGAUUGAGCCAAAUGAGUGGCGGUAUCUCGGCCUUUUCUCUGGUUCUCAGGUGACAUAACGGUUGGCACUGAGGUGACCUUCGUCGACCUGUCUGAGUGGAAGAAAGAGUUCCCCGUCCAUCACGUCGAGUGGUACGAUAGACAGCCAACCAUCACGCUGCCCGUCAUUUAGAGCAGGCGUCUCUCACCCAGGAGCAUCUCCAAUGACAGCCGACAGCCGCCCAUCUUCCCCCCCAUCCCCAUGUCCUACAAGCCCCACUUUAUCCUGCCAACGCACAGCUUCUCGCGAUACGUGCAAGUCAAGGCAACCAGAAGGGUUGAGGACCAGGUGAGAACUCCGGCCGCUCUGUGUGUCUCCCCAAUUACAAGCAUCUCUUCCUCGUUGUGUCUGUUUGCCAUUCCAGAUGGCAUCGACGUUUGCGCGUCACAGAGAGGGUGGAACAUUCGAUACGCAUGUGCGUCACUCCACACCCCACACCACCGAAACGAAAGGGAGACGCUUUGUGGUGAGACGAAAAGAAUGACACGCAGUGCAGUUGGUCGGCUUCCCACACUGCCAUGUCUCCCACCCUAGGACGUCAUGUCGACUUCCGUCGCCGGGUGGGUAAGCAUGCCUGCUGCCGAUAACAGAGUGCGGCAUCGUGAUUGUGCUGAUUGGGCAGCCCCAUAGGUCUCGCCGAUUCGUGGGCGUACGUGGCGCUCAAGGCACUCGCCAAGGGAGGCUUCAGGUCAGGAAUGAAUCGCUGAGGAUUCAUGCCCUCAUCGCUAUGGAUGGUGUGCCUCCGACGUGCGUGCAGCUGUGCUGUGCGAUUCAGGGGAGAGGUGGAAAGGAUACCAGUAAGGGACAAAAAAAUAGCAGGAACAGCAGGUACCACUCUUUCUGUGGCUCUCAAGGAAAAUGUUGACGAUGCGGCAACCGAUCAGCAGAGCGGCAGCAAGAGCAAGACCUCCAAGAGUGGCGGCAAAAGGGCAGGGAGAAGACGGAGCUCCCAAGGGCCGAAGCAGCACGAGUCCGAGGCCGAUGAAAAGACGGAUGAAAGCGAGGCCUCGUCUGCAGAUGCCAAGGUACGCUGGCCAGCACCCAGACCUAACAAAAGCGACGACGGCCGUGGGUUGUCCGUCCAGUUGAAAUACCCCGGGACAGUAAUUACAGACCUGGCAAAAGGUGUGUCGCUGCCUGAAGAGGACACGAAUACAUCAGGCAUCGAUUCUCUCCAUCUCAGGUGAGCUGACCCUCUUGUGGGCAUCUGUCGUUAGCGAAAAGGAGAAGGCCGACAAAGGCCGAGACACGACAGGCACGGCAUGGAGCGGCUUCGACUUUUCGGCCCUUGGGUUCAGCCUCUUCGGCUCCGGUGGGGACGACAAGGCCAAAAGAGUCAGGAAAAACGCCAAGGCCGACAAGAAGAAAGGCGCGACCAAGAAGGGAAAGAAGGCUGCUGACGAGCCGCCGGCUGCUGAGGGUGAACAAGGCAAGGAGGUCAUCAGCCAUCGGGUCUAUGCCGUCAAUUUGUUCCGCUUCCGGCCCGCGAAGGACUCUCGGAGGCUCUACAUCACACUGGACGACCCAUUGAUCAAAGAGACCUAGUAAGAUGAGACAAAAAUGCCAUAUCAACUCUUUACUCAGCGCUCAUUCAGUUGUGUGUUUGUGUUUGUGCAGUGACGUCCGUGUCGAGAUUGACCCUGCAGUGGGACGCGACAUCGCCCUCUAUGUGCUGAUGGCCUUCAGGUCUGCCCACGUCAAGGGCCUGAAGGCGGCACACUGGCAGCAGCACUUCAAGGAGGGGCAGCUGGAGGCCGUCACCGACCUUAUGCUGCCGGAGGAAGAGGACUCGUAUGCGUGAACAGAACAGAUGAGAGCUGACUUGGUAUUGGCUGAUGUGAUAGGUGCUGCAGACAGUUAGUUUUGAGUGGCUUCUGGUCAGCCGUGUGACGUGUGUCGUAAGACGUGCAUGGACAAGACAAUCGGUG